AUGCAAGGCUUGAUCAAAACCCUAGUGCUCUUUGCAGCUUUCACUUACAAUGUAUCUGCGGCCUGUAAGGAUCGACUUGACCGUGACCAGUGUGAGAAAGCACUUAAGAUGUUCACCUUGGAUCCUCACGGUAAUUUCAAUCCUGGUAGAAAUUAUUGGCAGGCCUCUUGUGGAACCUGUGUGGUUUACAUCGAGGCUGAGGGUACCAGUAACAUCAAAAGAUUUGUUACCCAUAGUUCUGGCGAGGGCAUGAGCAACACCUUGACACAGAUUUUGAAUGCUGAAGUGAAUGCAUGCAAUCCAUUGAUGGGUAAACAAGUCACGAUUGUCAACCCAUUACUCUUCGGAUCUAGUUACGUGCCAGCAACGCUUACGGCCAAAAUGGGAGACUCUCCGAACACUGAAGAAAGUGAACGCGAGAUUAACAAAUCUAAGGCUGAGGUACAAGUAUAUACCAAGAGCAUUUGUCUCGAUUUCACACCAUCGUGA